GGCUGCAGCAAGCUAGAUCUUGCGAUACUGCCGCUGCUCCCGGCGCGACUGGGUUUCUCAGCUUCCGCCAGCGCCAUGGAGCCGCCGCCGGACGAGCGGCCGGGGAGUGGUGCCCGCGAAGAGCCGGCGCCGCCGGAGAGGUGCCGCCGGGGGGCGGGGGCGGUUGGAAUCGGGAGCGGGAAGCGGCGUCUUAGUACGACCCGGCUCUGCUGUCUGUAUAGAGCUGGUCUUCGGCGGGGCUUUCCUGGCACUUGUAAUAGCUGAUUCAGUCCCUAGAAGCCCCCACUAACGCACCCGAUCUGUUCAGAACUUGGUUUUCAGAAGAAAACAGUUGACUUCACUGAUACAAUAUUCGUUAAAGGUUUGAACAACAGAUACCGUGUGUUAAGAGUGAAUGUAGUACAGAAAAAGGGAGAAGAUCCUGAAAUGCAUUUGACAAUUGCAGCAUCUCAAUCACCUGAGGAUACAGAACUAUGUAUUCUGAGGAAUGACUGGAAUUCUGUUCCAGUACUUUCAGGAGACAUCAUUCAUUUAGAAGGAGCGUGCAACUCUGGUUCUUGGAUAAUAAAUGGAGAGUCUGGAUACUUAAUUCUAUACCCAGACUUGCUGAUUUCUGGCACCACGGUAUCAAAUAGCAUUCGAUGUAUGAGAAAAGCAGUGCUGAGCGAGAAGUUUAGGAGUUGUGAGUCUGGUUCACGUCAAAUGCUGGUUGGCACAGUCCUUCACGAGAUUUUCCAGCAAGCAAUAACUAAUAAUUUGGCAGCAGAAAAAGUACAAGAACUGGCCUUCAAAAUUGUCUAUGGACCAAAAUAUCUAAAAGAAUUGUACCACUUAAAUCUGAAACAAGAGGAAAUAAUGCAAGAGAUAGAGGGCUAUUUUCCAUCAUUUUCUAAAUGGGCAGAAGAUUACAUGUGCAAGCCUAGUCAAGAUAACCAAAGUAAAAUGCAGCUGAAACUAUCAAGUGGUGGAAAAAAGGAUUUAUCUUGUAAUAUUGAAAUUACACAGGUCCUAGAUAUCGAAGAGAAUAUCUGGUCUCCCAGGUUUGGACUAAAGGGCAAGCUUGAUGUUACUGUUGGUGUGAAAAUACAUCAUAGCUCUGGAACUCAGUAUAAGAUAAUGCCUUUGGAACUUAAAACUGGCAAGGAAUCCAACUCUAUAGAGCAUAGAAGUCAGGUUAUACUAUAUACACUUUUGAGCCAGGAACGAAGGAUGGAUCCUGAGGCUGGACUUCUUCUCUACCUUAAAACUGGUAAUAUGCAUACUGUGCCUGGCAAUCGUUUGGAUAGGAGAGAACUAAUAAAGUUAAGAAACCAACUGGCCUCCUAUUUAGUCCAUAAUGUGUGUAAAUCUGCGAUGGGAAAUAAGCAGACACAGCUUGCGUCCUUGCCUCCUGUAAUUAAUGACAGUCAAGCCUGUAAAUACUGCUCACAAAUGCACAACUGUGUUCUUUAUAGCAGAGCUGUAGAGCAACAGAUGGAUGAUAUCAUAAUUCCUUCUGCUAUGAUACCCGUUAUAGACCGAGAGACCCAGCAUCUGAAACUCUCUCAUUUGCAGUAUUUCAAUCUGUGGUAUCUAAUGUUAACCUUGGAGUUGCAAGCUGGAGAGGGUAAAAAAGGAUAUAAAAAUAUAUGGAUGAUGCCUGCUUCAGAAAGAGAGAAGUCUGGAGAUUGCAUUGGAAACAUGAUCAGAAUGGAACAGGUACAGGAAGUGUCUGAUGGGCAGUAUCUUCAUUAUUUCCAGCAUAAAAGUGGUGCCUUGCCAGGAACAAACCUGUUGGUAGGUGACAGAGUUGUUGUGAGUGGAGAGGAGAAGACUUUACUUGGCUUGGCUGCUGGUUAUGUUAAAGAAGUCAACAUGACAAAAGUCUCUUGUUUAUUGGACAGGAACCUUUCAAAACUCCCUAAAAACACAAUAUUUAGGUUAGAUCACGAAGAAGGUGGUUUCGGUAUAGAUGUCCCUCUAGGAAAUCUUUCUAAACUGAUGGAAAACUCUUCUGCCAGUGAAAAACUUCGCAGUUUAAUAAUUGACUUCCGCAAACCCCAGUUUAUCCAGCACUUGAGCUCUGUUCUUCCUCCUGAGGCAAAGGAAACUGUUGCAAAUAUUUUAAAGGGUCUGAAUAAACCUCAGAAACAGGCGAUGAAACAAGUCUUACUUUCAAAAGAUUACACUCUCAUUGUGGGCAUGCCUGGAACAGGAAAAACUACUACAAUAUGUGCUCUAGUACGAAUUCUUUAUGCCUGUGGCUUCAAUGUUCUGCUGACUAGUUUUACACAUACUGCUGUAGACAACAUCUUGCUGAAGUUGGCCAGGUUCAAAGUAGGAUUCUUGCGCUUGGGGCGAGUUCAGAAGGUUCAUCCAGAUAUACAGAAGUUUACAGAGGAAGAAAUUUGUAGAUGCAAAUCAAUUAAAUCUGUAAUACACUUGGAAGAGCUAUAUAACAGUCAGCCGGUAAUUGCAACAACAUGCAUGGGAGUAAACCAUCCAAUUUUUGCUCGGAAACGGUUUGACUUUUGCAUAGUGGAUGAGGCAUCCCAAAUAAGCCAGCCAGUUUGCCUAGGCCCACUUUUCUGUUCUCAGAAGUUUGUGUUGGUGGGGGACCAUCAACAGCUGCCUCCACUUGUACAGAAUGCAGAAGCAAGAGAUCUUGGCAUGAGUGAGAGCUUAUUCAAGAGACUGGAACAGAACAAGAAUGCUGUUGUCCAGCUAACUGUGCAGUACAGAAUGAAUAGUAAAAUUAUGUCACUGAGUAACAAGUUGGUGUAUGAAGGCAAACUGGAAUGUGGCUCAGAGAAAGUGUCAAAGGCCACUGUUAACUUGCCAGACUUAAAAAAAUUGAAUCUGAAGCUGGAAUUAUUCACAGGCUCUUCAGAAACAUGGUUGAAAGAAGUUCUUGAGCCAAACAAUUCUGUCUGUUUUCUUAACACAGAGAAGGUUCCAGCACCAGAAUGCGUAGAAAAAGGUGGUGUUAGUAAUGUGAUGGAAGCCAAACUAGUCGUCUUCCUCACCUCCUUAUUUAUUAAGGCUGGCUGUAAACCUUCAGAUAUCGGUAUCAUAUCACCAUACAGACAUCAGUUAAAGAUAAUCACUGACUUGAUGACAGGCUCCUAUGUCAAUAAAGUGGAAGUAAAUACUGUCGACAAAUACCAAGGGAGAGACAAAAGUAUCAUCGUAGUAUCUUUUGUCAGAAAUAAUACUGAUGAUAAUAUUGGUACACUUCUGAAGGACUGGAGGCGUCUUAAUGUUGCUCUUACAAGAGCCAAGCACAAAUUAAUCAUGCUGGGUUGUGUUCCGUCGCUGUGCUGCUAUCCUCCUUUAGAGAAGCUGCUCUGCCAUUUAAACUCUGAAGCACUGAUUUUCAAUCUUCCAGCUGGGACACAUGAACGUGUUUUUCAGUGUAACCUUCUGUGAUGGUACAGAUGAAGAAUUUUAGAGAAAAACCUCUUGUACACGUACUGCUGAAUAUAAAUUACCGUUGGAAUAGCAUGUGAAUGCUGAGUGCACCAUGUAGGUUGUAUGAAGUUGAUCUUAGUCUGUAUUCUCAAACUCCAGAGGUUUACCUAUAUCAUUGCACUAUCUUGCACUCACUGGUUUGUUUCAGAAAAUAGGAUUUGUUAAUACCAAGGUCCCUGUAAGUACUCAGUAGUACAGUAUAAUCUGCUUUAAGGUGCUAGAUGGUCAUUCCUAAAUUUCACUUCUAUUUCGGUAUAUGGUUCUUAGUGUAUGUGAAAGGAAAGAUCUGCAUGGGUGACUAAAAAUCUAUGGAUUUUUUUUGUUUUUUGUUUUUUUUGUACCCGGUGAAAAAAACUACAGAUUUUGCUUUGAGUGACAGAAAACUUUAGGACCAUUUUAAUUCAACAGGCAAAAUAGAUACUUUAUAAAUGAAGUGACUGAGCUCUUUUUUUGCUGCUAUAGGCAUGAACAGAUACAGCAGUUUAUACAGGAACAUCUUAUAGUGGUGUAGCUGUUGUUAUGUCUGUCUAGAUACUAGGAAGUUCCCCUAUUUCCCAUGCCCAUUCUUGUUUUCUUUUUAAAUUCUACCCCUAGCAUUUUAUCUUUUAUAUUUAUGUAUAUUGUUUACUUUUUACACAUUUCUCACAUUGAGUCAACUUAGUGAUUCUUCUUUGUCCUUUAGAAAUAUUUUGGAUGUCUCAUUAGAAAUGGGAUGUUCUACAUCUAAACUCCUUUAUACAUUAGUGUUUUAUCAAGUGAAUUUGUAGAGUGAAAUCUUCAGUGACUUCCUCGCUCUGUUGAAAUCCACAGUAAAAUUCUCACUGCUUGUAAUGGAGAAUGGCUUUCAUCUUUAGUUCCCUUAUUUUGUAGUUUGGAUUGAGGUCAGAACAGCAUCUUGACAUCUAACAAACAUACAUACCUGUAUUUUACUUCAGUGAAAGCCUUGAGUGUGAUGCAAUAUACCCCUUUAACCAGGGUAGCUGAACUAAAACUACCUCAUAGUCUCAUACUCAGUCUUCUAAUUAAGCCUCUAACUUUAAAGUUUGUAAAAAAAUAAAAUGAAAUAAUUUUUGAAUUUUCAGAAAAUAACUAGUAUACCGUAUCUUGUUCUCAAGUCACCCUAUUUCUAUUAAUGGUUGUGUGCACGCUUUCAUAUG